UCGGAGGCGUUACACUUCCUUUCUCGGCUGAGUGAGUUUGCGGACGCAAAGUGUGUAGAGUGGUGGAGAGAAGUGUUUUUAGUUCGUUUACACCUUGUAACCAUGGCCCCCAGCACGCAAGCGGAUGCAACUGUCUCCGGUAUACGGAAAGGCAUUCGAGCCAUUCUGCUCGGCCCACCCGGAGCAGGGAAGGGGACUCAGGCACCCAAGCUUGCAGACAAGUUCUGUGUGUGUCAUUUAGCUACUGGGGACAUGCUGAGGGCCAUGGUGGCAUCUGGAUCAGAACUCGGUCAGCGUCUAAAGGAAACCAUGGAUGCUGGCAAACUGGUGAGUGAUGAGAUGGUAGUGGAGCUCAUAGACAACAAUCUGGACACGCCUGAAUGCAAAAAUGGAUUCCUUCUGGACGGUUUCCCCCGUACCGUCAAACAGGCAGAAAUGCUGGACACCCUCUUGGAGAAGCGUAAUGAGAAACUGGAUUCUGUGGUUGAAUUCUCCGUUGAUGACUCCCUGCUAGUACGCAGGAUCUGUGGGAGGCUCAUUCACCAGCCCAGUGGCAGAUCUUAUCAUGAAGAGUUCAACCCCCCCAAAGAGCCUAUGAAAGAUGAUGUGACCGGUGAGCCUCUUAUUCGCCGCAGUGACGACAACGAGACGACUCUGCGCUCCCGUUUGGAGUCGUAUCACCGGCUGACGUCUCCUCUAGUGCAGUACUACAGUGUCCGUGGCCUGCACACUGCUGUCGAUGCUUCUCAGUCACCCAACCUCGUCUUCGCCUCCAUCCUCGCUGCCUUCUCUGCUGCUACCUGUAAAGAUCUCGUUUAUUUUGUCUAAAUUAUAACACUUUAUUUGAUUCGUCUCAUUUUUUUUUUGUCUUUAGACAUGGUUUUGAUUCAUCUGCUGUCUAUUGAGCAAUGGAUUACAGAGCCCUUGACAAAAAAAAAAAAAAGCUAUAAUAUAUUAAUAUACUGAAUGACUAACUGAUUGUAGAACCCAGACUAAAUGUAAAGUCUCAAUGAUCAAGUUCAGACUUCAUAUACUGAAGGCUCUUAAGCACUUUUUGUUCAAACCAGACCCCUGAAAUGUGAAAAAUAAGAACAGGAAU